ACUCCUAAAGGCACACAUUUCAUUAAGUCUCACAUUUGUGGGACUAUAAGAAACAAAACGGCAGCAGAUUUACACAGAAAUGUCUGAUGGGAAAAAGAGGAGAAGAUCUUUGAGGACAAACCCGCAGCAUGACGGCUCUGAAGCCUCCAACAGUAUUGGUGGGAUUGAUGUUCAAUCCACGGAUAACAGCUGGGUGUCUCUUAAGAGCGACAGGUCCAAGUUUAAUCCACCAAACUUUAGUGAUGAUGGAAUAGAAAGCCAAGAGAGUGAGAAGCUGCUCAGCUGUUCCGUUUGUACUCAGGAGCUGAAGGACUCUGUUCAGUUUCUAUGCGGACAUCAGUCAUGUAAACAAUGUCUGAGUUCAAGUUUGAAACACUCAGACUCUCCAGGAGAAAGUCACUGUCCAGAGUGUGCAGAGAAAUUACUGAAAUCUACAGAGGAAGAUGCAGGAAACAUCUUGGAAUCAAAGAAGAUCCUAAAAGAAGCAAUGAAAAAUGAGUUUACAGAGACAUCUGAGGGCAAUGGUGACCAUCCCAGUUACUUGAUGAGCAUCUUUACAGAGCUCCACAUCAUCAGUGGAGAAAGUGAGGAACCAUAUAUUGAGCAUGAGUACAGACCCCUGAAAAGCAAACGCAGAAAACGAUCCAGGUCUGGUUGUAGUGUUGAUCUGAAGGACAUCUUCAAACUCUUUCCUGAUCAGAAACCCAACAGGACCGUCCUGAUGAAGGGAGUCUCAGGCAUUGGAAAGUCUUUUGCUGUCCGCAAGUUCAUUCUAGAUUGGGCUGAAGAACGGGAAAACCAAGAUUUUGAUUUUGUUUUCAGUUUUGCAUUUCGUAUGUUGAACUUGUUCAGAGGCAAAAAGAGCUUUCUGGAAUUCUUGAGUGAGUUUCACCCGGCGCUGCCAAACCUCCAACACUUGGUGGGUUUUGACAAAACCCGGAUCCUGGUGAUCCUCGAUGGCUUUGAUGAAAGCAGACUCCAGCUAGAUUUCCACAAGUCCAACAAAAUAACAUCCAUCAGUGAAAGAACAUCUGUGGAAAAUCUGCUCGUAAACCUCAUCAAGGGUAACAUUCUUCCAAAUGCAAACAUCUGGAUAACUUCUCGUCCUGCAGCAGCCAAUCAAAUCCCAGCAAAGUACGUGAACAUGGUGACAGAGAUAAGAGGGUUCAACGAUGCGCAGAAAGCCGAAUACUUCAGGAAGAGACUGAGUCCAGACUUAAGUCUCGCUGAAAGAGUCAUCUCACACAUUCAGUCCUCACAAACUCUAGACAUGAUGUGCCAGAUCCCCAUCUUCUGCUGGAUUUCUGUCAUCUUGUUUAAAGACGUUUUUAGAGGAGGUGGAGAUACAGAAACCCCCAAAACUCUGACUGAGAUGAUGGCCCACUUCCUGUUUGUCCAGACAAAACGCCAAAGCAGAAAGUUUGAGAAGAGUGAGACAAGCAAAGAAAAACUUCUUAGAAGUCACAGAGAUUUCCUCCUGAAACUUGGAAAACUCGCAUUUGUUCAGCUGCAGAAGAACAACCUCAUCUUCUACGAGGACGACUUGAAAGAAUGUGGGAUUGACGUAGAAGAAGCAUCUGUCUACUCUGGAUUUUGUAACACAGUUCUCCGAAAAGAAGAAGUCUUCUUCCAGAAAAAGGUCUUCUUCUUUGUCCAUCUUACCAUCCAGGAAUUCUUUGCAGCUCUUUACAUCUAUGAAUGUCUUGCUACCAACGACAUUGGAGAUCUCGUCAGUUUUCUUGAUCUGAAAGAAGAAAAUUCUUUACUUGACCUCCUUAAAAAGACAGUGGACAAAGUGUUGGAGAAGAAGAAUGGUCAUCUGGACUUUUUCCUGAGAUUCCUCCUCGGCCUGAUGGUGGAAUCCAACAAGAGAGUCCUCAACGGUUUGCUGACCCCAUUGGAUCCAAAGGAAGAUACAGACAAGAAAAUCUUGACGUACCUCAAAUCCAUUCGAAGGAAGACCCUGUCUCCAGACAGUUGUAUCAACAUUUUCCAGACCAUGGUGGAGAUGAGAGACCACAAAGUCAAAGAUGAGAUUCAGGAGUAUCUGAGACGGUCAGAUCGUUCAGAAACAGAACUGACUCCUCUUCACUGCUCUGCUCUGGCCUUCAUGUUGCUGGUCUCCAAGGAUGAAUUAGAUGAACUGAAUCUGAAGAGUUACAAAACGUCACAGGAAGGCAGAAGGAGGCUGAUACCAGCUGUGAGGAGCAGCAAGAAGGCUGUGCUUGCUGAAUGCAAAGUGACUACAGACUGGAUUGAGCAUCUGACCUUUGAUCUGAAGUUCUCCAGCUCAGCUGUGAGAGAUCUGGACCUGAGCAACAACGAUCUGACAGAUUCGGGAGUGAAGCUGUUGUGUGACGGACUGGAGAAUCCCAACUGCAGAUUGGAGAUACUGAGGUUGUCUGGUUGUCUCGUCACUGAGACGGGCUGUCAGUAUCUGGUUGCGGCUCUGAAGUUGAACCCGUCCCAUCUGACGGAGCUGGACCUGAGCUACAACCAUCCAGGAGAGUUUGGAACAAAGCAGCUGUGUGAACUAAAAGAUGAUCCAGACUUCAAACUAAGCAAAUUAAAUCUUGACCAUGGUGGAACUCACAGGAUGAAACCUGGAUUUAAAAAAUAUUCCUGCAAACUGACCUUGGACCCCAAGACGACACCCAAGACUCUGCACCUCUCUGAAGAAAACAGACGAGUGACUUGGGACAGGAAUGACAAAAGGUCAUCUCCUCGUCAUAACGGAGGACCUGAUUACCAACAAGUGUUGUGUGGGCAGGAGCUGACGGGGCGCUGUUACUGGGAGGUGGAGGCUGCUGGGUCUUUUAGCAUUGGGGUGAUAAGGAGGGACGCCAGUGUGAGACAGGAAACUGAAGUCAGGAUGGGGACCAAUAAAACAUCGUAUUGUUUGGUCAGUGCAGACGAUGGUUUCUAUACUUUACAUGACAACAACAGAGUAGAUCUGCCUGCCAGACAGACCAGUCAUGUUGGGAUCUAUGUAGAUCAGACAGCUGGCUCUCUGUCUUUUUACAGAGUUUCCUCUGACAAUCUCAUUCAUCUCCAUACCUACCAAAUAUCCCCCAGUGAGCCUCUCUGUGCUGCUGUUGGGCUUAAACUUCAGGCCUCCGUUCUCUUCUUAAAUGAAGAACUUCUUAAAUGAAUUUGAUCAAUAACAGAUUGGACAGAGAAUCAUGAAAUAUUGUGCGCUCUCUUAGUGGGCUGAAACUUUUGGUGACAAAUUGUGAAGAUAAGUCUGAAGGGAAUGUCUGUGAUGGUUUGAAGUGCAGGUUUACCAGGAGUGUACGUUUGUUAAUUCAUGUAGCGGAUCUUUCUUUAAUCAUUUCUAAAAAGGUUGAGGGGUUUACUUUUUAGAGUUUUCUUCUAAGGUGUCCUUGAUUCUUUGAAUUUAGCAAAUUGCUUUCAGUUCUUCAUGGCUAAUGACUUCUGGUACCAUUUGUGCAGUUUAGUUUUAGAUGUGUUUAUGCCAGUUCAUUUUUAUUGAACUAUUUUCUCCUUAGGCUUGGUGUAGACUUUAGUUGCUUGUGGUCUUUCUCUGACUUUUAAACUUAAGUCUGUUUUUAUCUUCAAAGCUCAUAAUAACAAUGCAACCAUGGUGCUCAAAGCUGAUCAAUAACGGGUAAAAUAGGCAGCUGUUUCAGAUUUUUAAUUGCAUUUCAGUGUUUUUUAAUAGUCGGUACAUUUUUUACUUAAAAUCUGAAAUCCUUUAGGCAAGUUUACAAGAUUGGCCAAAAGAAUUAAUGGUGCUACGUUUUUGUUCUGUAAAAAACAUUUUUCCCAUUUGCUGGUGUAGUUUAAGUUUGUCCGUUGUCCAGAUGGAGUUAUCUGAAAGAACAGUACAUUUGUUCUACAGUUGAAAGUUUUCGUUCCUUGUAUGCAGCUGAGUCGGUCCGUUCAAAUGUUCAGUUUUGAGACUUACUCGUUUUUUCAUCCAAACUGAAUUGGUGGAAUAAUCUUUAGAAGAGGUACUACGACCCCGGUUUGACACUUUGUCAUCGUCUCUCUUCCAGUGAGGGCAGCUUUAAAGUUUUCCAAAAAAUGUUUUUAACGUUUAAACAACUGAGUUGAUGCAGCUGUAGAAAAUUGGUCUUGAGAGAGAUUUAUUACUAUUUGUGAGACAGUGUUUUUACAUUUUGUAUUAUUGUUACUUGUGACCUACUGAAAAAGUCGACAAUUUGGACUAUUGGCUAAAGAGAAAACAAGCAAACGUCCGAUUCACUGUUACAUUAAGGUGUACCUGUUGCUGUCGUUGACAUGAAAUAGUGAUGCAUGAUGGGUAUUUUUAAGGCAAAGUGUGAACAUUACUAAAGACGUUUAUCUAUAUUGUUGUUUAAUUUUGAACAUGAAGAGAAAUAAUAAUGUAUUGCAGGAAGCAGAGCAUCUUCAGCACUGGACAUUAUAUUCUGUAAACUGUUAACAUCCCGUCACUGUUGUACUGGGACAGCACUGCUCAGGUCAUUUUAAGUAUUUAUCUCAAAACACGAUCGAGAUACUUCUCUAAAUUUCUCUUUGCCCUGAUAAUACUUCUAUUUUUCCAGAGUCGUAACGAACUUUUAGGCCGAUGUGCGUUACCACGCUAGUGUCCGCCUGUUAGCAUGUGUGCUGCUAUGCUUUACAGAGACUUUCUUCAUGGAGAUUCUCCUCUGCAGACUCAUUCAGCUCCUUUAAAGCAAGCAGAUGAGUGGAGAUGUUAUUACAGAGCUCAAAGAAACAAAAAAACGACAUUGGAUAUUUACGGUGCUAUCGUGCUCCUCAAGCAGGUUUUUCUAUCAGUGUUUUUUUUUUAAUAAAUCUUCCGCUGUUUUCUCAAAAUAUCAUGACAUCCUACUUGAGAAAAUGGAAGUGUAUGGGAUCAGAGGACUCGUGCUAACUUGGGUCAAAAGUUAUUAAAUGAGAAAAGAACAAUUUGUCAAGAUUGAAGUAUGUACAUCAGAAACUGAGGGAUGAGUUGUGGUGACCCACAAGGAUCAAUUCUGGGCCCGCUGCUAUUCAACAUUUACUUAAAUGAUAUAUUCAAUGUUUCAAAACUUUUAAAACUCAUUAUUUGCAGGGAACACACCAAUAAACACAGAGUUAAACAAAAUAAAAUAAUGGAUGGAUUACGACAAAUUAUCUUUGAACCUAGAUAAAACCAAAGUGAUGUUUUUUGGUAACCACAACGCUGAAACCGAGCUCUCAAUUGAAAUAAAUAUAUUUAUGCGUUUCAUCAUGUCUGUAUUAAGUUUGAUAAAUCUGUAGGAUUUUUUUAUUGGCUCUAUUUAAUGCUGAAACAAAAAUAAAUUAAAUCAAAUGGUCAUCAAAACAAAGACUAAACAUCCCUAGAGAGAUAAAAUCUUGUAAUAACAGUUUAUUUUUUAGACAUUGUCCAUCUUAAUUAUUGUUCUGUAUCUUUUUAGUGGUUUGAUUUUGAUGUGUUUUGGUAAUUUCAUGGUUAUUUUUUAUACUUUUUUUAAAGAGAUUUGGAAUGAAGAUUUUUCUGUUUCUCUGUUUUGUUAUUAAACCAAAAAACUCAUGAAGUCA